AAUCGAUGUGAUGCGAUGCUUGUGGACCCCAAGCGGCUCCGAACACAGCAGAGGAGUAUUUGUCCUCCUCCGCCGGCAGCCCGAACUCGGCCCCAUCCGGUCGCCCAGCGGGGAAGAAACCAAGAUUCCCCGGGCCCAAUCCUUGGUAAUUAUCCUCCCGACACUUUUCUCAUGCCACCGACAGCUUAUCCUUCGCAAUCCCACCGUCUCUUUAAUCCAUGUGAUCCCAUACUUCGGGGAUAUCCCACAUAUGUUCCCGUUAUCCUAUCCCCCUCCCUCUCGGAUUCUCGUCCAACGGUCUCGUCCAUGGGAACCAGGGGCAGUGCUGUGACAGUGCUUUCGAUCCUCUUGUUUUCUUUGGCCUUUCCGGUCUCGGCCGAUGGCGUGUUCCGGAUCGGGCUCAAGAAGAGGGCGCUGGACCAGAACAGCCGCCUCGCGGCCCGGCUCGCGGUGAGGGAGGAGGAGGCGGCAGCGCUGGCCGCCCGGAAAUAUGGGUAUUUUGAGCCGGGGCCGGUGGGACCGGGGGAGGAGGGCAACGUCGUCGCCCUCAAGAACUACAUGAACGCCCAGUACUUCGCCGAGAUCGGGCUCGGGUCCCCGCCGCAGAACUUCACGGUGAUCUUCGACACCGGUAGCUCCAACCUCUGGGUUCCCUCGUCCAAGUGCUACUUCUCGGUUGCUUGCUAUUUCCAUUCGAAAUACAAAUCCAGCCUAUCGAGCACUUAUCAGAAGAAUGGGAGGUCUGCGAAUAUUCACUAUGGGACGGGAUCAGUAUCAGGUUUCUUCAGCCAAGACUAUGUUACAGUUGGUGAGCUUACCAUCAAGAAUCAGGUUUUCAUUGAAGCCACUAGAGAGCCAAGUAUCACUUUCAUGGUUGCAAAAUUCGAUGGAAUACUUGGGCUUGGAUUUAAAGAAAUCUCAGUUGGAAAAGUGGUGCCUGUAUGGGAUAACAUGGUUAACCAGAGUCUUGUUAAAGAAUCUGUUUUCUCUUUCUGGUUUAACCGGAACACUGAGGAUGGGGAGGGAGGUGAAAUUAUGUUCGGAGGGAUGGACCCAAAGCAUUAUAGGGGUGAACACACAUAUGUCCCUGUAACUCAGAAAGGCUACUGGCAGUUUGACAUGGGAGAUGUCCUCAUUGGUGGUCAGACAACUGGAUUCUGUGCUGAAGGAUGUCAAGCAAUUGCAGAUUCUGGAACUUCUUUGAUUGCUGGUCCAACAACCAUCAUUGCAGAAGUUAAUCAAAAAAUUGGAGCUGCUGGUAUCGUUAGCCAACAAUGCAAAGCUGUGGUCUCACAAUAUGGGGAAAAGAUUAUGGAAAUGCUGAUGGAAAAGGAAGAGCCUGCAAAAAUUUGUUCUCGGAUUGGGCUGUGUGCCUUUGAUGGAACUCGUGGAGUUAGCAUGGGCAUUAAGAGCAUGGUGAAUGGCAAAAGAGACAGAUCAACUGGUGGUCUGGGGGAUGGUAUGUGCUCAUAUUGUGAGAUGGCAGUUGUAUGGAUGCAAAGUCAGCUUGUGCAGAACCAGACACUUGAACAGGUGUUGAACUACAUCAGUGAGCUAUGUGAGCGACUGCCUAGUCCCAUGGGGGAAUCUGCUGUAGACUGUAAUAGCCUCUCAUCCAUGCCUACUGUUUCUUUCACUAUUGGUGGCAAAAUAUUUGACCUGAAACCAGAGCAGUACAUUCUGAAAGUAGGUGAUGGAAGUUCAGCCCAGUGCAUCAGUGGAUUUACUGCCUUGGAUGUACCUCAGGGUCCCCUCUGGAUAUUGGGUGAUGUCUUCAUGGGAGCGUAUCACACUGUUUUUGACUAUGGUCAGCAGAGAGUUGGAUUUGCUGAAGCAGCACAGAUAUGAGCAGUUUACUCUUUCAUAUAUAAAACUUUGUCUUGUUUAUGUAUCGCAUCACCAUCCCAUGAAUGUAAAUAUAUUCUGACCUAGGAUAUAUAUACUUUGUGAUCAUACAUGCACCUAGACUUUUGAUCCUACGUCAACUGAUCGGUACUCAUGUAAAAGCAAUAUUCCUGCAUAUGUGUAGUAGGAAGUAUGCGUAUGUUGGUUGUCAAUCUAUUUUCCUUGUGAUUAUGGACUAUGGUGCAUUGCUUUGGA